UAAACCCACUGUUUUUUCCCAGAAAAGCUAACUGGACUAAAUGGGCCAACAGAAUCUAUCAUCGUUGACUGAAUUCAUUCUGAUGGGAGUCACAAGGCAGCCUGAACUGCAGGUCCCCCUUUUUGGGGUCUUCCUCAUCAUCUACACAGUCACAGUGGUGGGCAAUCUGGGCAUGAUUACCUUGACCCAAGUGGACUCUCAUCUACACACACCUAUGUAUUUUUUUAUCAAACAUCUGGCUUUCAUUGAUCUUGGUAAUUCUACUGUCAUUUGUCCCAAGAUGCUGGUAAGUUUCAUUGUGGAUCAAAAUACCAUAUCCUAUUAUGCAUGUGCCACACAGUUGGCUUGCUUUCUUAUGUUCAUUAUCAGUGAAUUUUUUAUCUUGUCAGCCAUGGCCUAUGAUCGCUAUUUGGCCAUCUGUCACCCUCUGCACUACAGUGUCAUCAUGUCCCAGAGACUUUGUCAUGUGCUGGUGGGCAUCCCAUAUCUCUAUGGUACCUUUCAGGCUCUAAUGUUCACUAUUAAGAUUUUUACUUUACCCUUUUGUGGCUCUAAUGUCAUCAGUCAUUUCUACUGUGAUGAUGUCCCCUUGUUACUUACGCUCUGCUCAAAUGCACAAGAAAUAGAAUUGUUGAUCAUACUAUUUUCAGCACUUAAUUUGAUCUCUUCCCUCCUGGCCAUCCUACUGUCCUAUGUACUGAUUCUGAUAUCCAUAUUUCGAAUGCGUUCUGCAGAGGGCAGGAGAAAAGCUUUCUCUACGUGUGGUUCACAUCUGACAGUGGUGGUUGUGUUCUACGGGUCUCUACUCUUUAUGUACAUGGAGCCUAACUCUGCUCACUCCUUCCAUACUGAUAAACUGGCCUCCGUGUUUUACACUUUAGUGAUCCCCAUGCUUAACCCCUUCAUCUACAGCUUAAGGAACAAAGAAGUAAAAAACGCCUUUUAUAGGAUCUUUAAGAAUCAAUGCAAACUUUGUACCUAA